CUCGCUUGUUAAUACGUAAAUUAAUACAUAAACAAACGAGUCAGUAUAAUGCAAGAUGAAGCUGAGUCAACAGUCCCGUCUUGCAGUUCAGCUGGAUGAGGGUUUUGCCAAACACCGGUGUUUUUACUUUCGAUUUCUCAUUCUGGGUUAAAGCAGCUGAUGGUGUUUUUUUCCCCUAGGGGUCGAUUUUAGUUAAAGUUCAUUUCUAUGUGUUCAAACGAUGGUCAGGUUUCCUUAUUGUUUUUUUGUUUUGUUUUGUUUUUUUAACUUUUCAGCUAUUCGCACUACAUUGAGGGCACUUCCGAAACAAGAACUUAUAUCACUGAGCAUGCGCAAUGCUACACGGGUAUUUACAGUGACUGUUGAUAUGCAGAUCAAUAAUACAGUAAAUAAUUAUCAGGCAACAGGUAAAAUAAGCGUUUGAUUUGCUGCUGAGUGAGAGUAACUUCUAAAAAAUGAAUUUAUUUUUAGCAAGCAGAACAAAAUGCAACAAAAAAAAAACACGAGAAAGUGCGAGCCAUACAACAUAUCUUCAUCUGAAACACCGAUUCCAACGAUGUAUUGGCCCCGUUACUGUUUUUACUUUGAAAUGUUUAUAUGAUUUCACUUCAGCUUGUUUUUCCGUGUUUUUCACAUGAGUGGUGAUAUGCAGUUAAGCCUGCAGUUAUCACACUAAGCUCCAAAUAGUGCUCUGUGAAACAGCAUCUCUGAUGCUUAAAUUAUGAUAUUUUUCUUUCUUCUUCUUUUACUGCUCCCUUUAGAGGUCGCCACAGGGGGUUAUCUGCCCCCAUCACCUCGUGCCUAGCUUCUUUCUUUGUCUCACCAACCUCCUGUAUGUCCUUCCUCACAAGAAUCCUCUCUGAGCUGUCCCUCUGGUGUAUUAAGUGUAAAUCUUAGCAUCUUAUUAAACCCUUUGUUUCCACAUAAAGGGGACAAAUGUUUUAGGUAAACAUUUUGCAUUCUACCUAUCAAUAUUUUACAAGCUCUAAAGUUGAUAGGAGUUGAAACUGGUCACUUACCUGCCUUUUUCAGUCCCCGUGACUUCAUAAGUACAGGGAAAUGCACAUAUCAAGGCCUGAAAAAUACAUUUAAUCUUUGUCAACAACAAAAACUCUAAAUGUAACAGUUUUUGCUCUCUACAAUUAUUUAUAAAAACCAACACUAAGUCUAAGGGGAUAUAUUAAACUGUUGUAGAGAACAUCUGAACACCUAAUUGGUUCUUGAUUUUAAAGCUACAUAAUGUAAAAAUAUAGUCAUAGUAGAAAAAUUUCAUUGGCACUGAAGAAGGCUAGAGGCUAGAAGAUAAGUCUGGUAUGAAAAUCCAGGUAGAGGGGAGACGUUUAGUAUGAUCUACCUUGUUUGGAGCCACCUGUCCCACAUGGUGAUAUGACUCCUGAAAGUUUACCCAAAAUGUUCUGUUUAAAAAUGUAUCAGGUGAAUUAUCAGAGCACACAUCAAACAUUCAGGGUACCAAAGGUUUUGACUACGUGAACUGUCUUUAGUGCUUGAGGUGAAUGUCAAUCAGCUGAUUGCCAUCCAAAGAGAUUCCUCAAUACUAAAAGCUGAAUGGCAGUCCAAGAGUUUUAGUCUCAUGUGGUGUUAAAUUAAAAAGUAAAGUUUAGCUUCCUUCAUCUCAACCUGGAGAGAUGAAUCUGACUGUCCAAAUGAAGUAAACUUUGUCAUUAGACAGCGUGCACAAGGUUCUUCGCAGACAUCCACAUGCCUGCAAAUGUUGUGUGACUGUGCAGCCUUGUGUGUAGAAGAUUACAACAGAGCACCUGUGCAGCGACUUCAGAGUGAAACAGGAAUGACUGCUCUGCGCCAUGUCUCCAGCUGUCUGUGUCCUCAACAUUGGAUCAUUCAAUUUCUAAAGACCAGGGUCACAAUGAUUGUUCCUCUUGGUUAGUCUUUGUUACAAACAUUAAACUGGGCCUGUUUUGUUAUUGAAAGCAUGACGUAUCCCACUUAUUGAUGCUCAGGCUGGUAAUAAAAAAGCAUUCUGAUCAAAAAUGUGAUUGUGGCACUGGCAUUGAGUGUAAAACUGAUUUGGUUGGGUUUUUAUGGCCUAAAUGUGUUUUUAACCUUCUGUGUUUUUAACCUUCAGGUGGGAGACACUGACUGAGUUUUUGUGGACUGACUUUGAAGUAAAAUGUUUCUCACUGACUUUUCGUCUUUUCAGGAGCAUCUGCCAUUGUUAUGGCUCUCCAAACCUGUCUCAAAGCUGCGCUGAGGAGCAAAUAUGAGAGCCUGGAUGAAGCCUUUUCCAAAAGCUCAAUACUUCCUUCGAGGCUCUGCUAUCAGGAUAUCAGGUACAACUAUACAGAGCCUGAAUUCUUCCAGCAUGAGUACAGACGCCUGGAUAGGAGCUUCUUUUUUCCAGACGCUCCACUUGCAGACAUUUUAUCGUGCAAAUGUCAACAUAAGAACAGAAAUAGAACAGUCAUCACUAUAGGAGUGAGCGGAGUCGGAAAAACCACAAUGGUGCAGAGCUGUGCUCUUGAUUGGGCCAAGGACAAGGGGUACCACAGCAUCAGCUUCCUGUUUCCUCUCACCUUCUGGGAAUUGAAUCUGCUGAAAGAUAGACUGAGCCUGAUUGAGCUUCUCCAGACAUUUUACCCUGAACUGAAGGAGCUUGAUGCAUCUGUCCUAAAUGAAGACGGGGUGUGGUUCAUUCUCGAUGGACUAGACGAGUUUCAAAUCCAGCUCAACUUUGACUGUCCAGCUGUGAGUGAUGUUUCUGAAGCAUCAACUGUAGACAGUCUUGUCACUAACCUAAUCAGGGGAAAUUUACUCCCAAGAGCUCAUAUAUGGGUAACGUCUCGAAUUUCAGACGAAUAUCAAAUACCUCCCUUUUAUUUGCUGAAAAAAACGGAGCUGCGGGGAUUCAGCGAUGAAGAGAAGGAGCAGCACUUCCGAAUGGUCAUCGGUGAUGAUGAUCUUGUCAACAAAGCCAUCAAUCACGUGAAAAUAUUGAGGAGCCUGGACUCCCUGUGUCAGAUACCUCCGAUCUGCACCAUUAUGGCAAGUGCUUUAAAGGAUCACGUAAAAGGGCAAAAGGGUUUUAAAUUGCAUCCCUUGAGUCUAACUGAGAUUUACAAUCUGGGUUUCGGUGCGCUGGAAGCUAAACACUUGCCUAUCUUUACCAAGCUGAAGAAGGUGGCGCUGCUUCGGGUGGGAGUGCAGAACGUCAUGUAUGAGGAUGACCUUUCAGGAAACGGGAUAAGUGUCGAGGAAGCUUUAGCUUUCGCAGAAACAUUCCCGCUUGUUUUGAGAACGGAGACGGGACUGAACGGUACCACUGUGUUUCGCUUUGGCCACUUGAGUGUUCAAGAGUUCCUGGCUGCGUCUUACAAACUGGAGGACAUCAAAGCUCAAAAAAUGAAUUUAAGCUCCUGUAUUCAGCAUCAAGUGGAUGAAGUGCUGGAGAAUAAUGAGGGAGUCUCUGAUCUCCUACUUCGUUUCAUGUUUGGCCUCAUUAAGGAGCGCAUGCUGUUGCCACCCAAAGAUUUGCUCUUUGGCUAUGUCAAGAAGAAGAUCCUGAGCAAGAUAUCGUCCUACAGCACCGUCAUCCUGUUUCACUGCCUGCGGGAGUACGACAGUCAGGCGUUGCAGGAGGAGGUUAGGUUCUUUCAGAGGUAUGGCGUUUCUCAGAUCCCAGGGUUCUCACUGAUGCACUGGAGAGACUUGAUGCAGAGGAUCAGAGCUUUUGAAGGGAUUCGAGAGACUUUUGAGAUGGAGGUGUCAGUGAGAUGUGAUGACAAACUCAUCAAGAAUAUUCCAGCUAUUUUCAAAUCCAGGAAAGCCAUGCUGAAAUUCUCCAACCUGACUGACAAGAGCUGCCCAGCGUUGGCAGCAGUCCUAAGCUCAAAGGAGUCAUUCCUGAGGGAGCUGGAUCUGGGGUACAACAGCUUCAGCACCAGUGGAGUCCAGGAACUUGCAGAGGGCCUGAACAGUGUGACUUGCAGGCUGAAAAUACUUCGGCUGCAAGGCUGUGGACUGACCGCAGAGACCUGUCAGUAUUUGAGCCAAUGCCUGAUGCAACACCAAAUACUGCAAGAGCUGGAUCUUAGCAGCAAUGGAAUAGGAGAUCGGGGGCUGAAGCUGCUGUCGCAUGGUUUGGGAAGUUCUAGUUGCCGGCUGCAGACAUUAAAGUUGUCACAGUGUGACAUUAAAGAGGCUGGCUGCUAUGAUCUGGGCUCAGCUCUGCGGAUAAACCCUCCUUUUCUCAGUGUGUUGGAUCUAAGCAUCAAUUGGAUUGGAGACGAGGGGGCCAAUGAGAUAUUUAACAAUUUUGACAUAUCGUAUCUAAAAAAGUUGGAGUUGUACUGCUGCGGCCUCACCGUGCUGAGCUGUGAAAGUAUUGGGGAAGCUCUGAAGAGUGAAACGAGCACUCUGUUAGAACUCAAUUUGAGCAACAACAGCUUGAAAGAUGCUGGGUUUAAAAUCAUCUGCGAAGGCAUGUAUGCGUGGUGUAGUCUCCAAAAACUCAAUGUUUCACGAUGUGGAAUCACUGGUGCGGGUUGUCGCUACCUGGCAAAGGUCCUCUGUUCAAUCUCGCAGCUCACCGAUGGCUGGAUGGGAGUUGGCGAGUGGCAGGCGGUGGAGCUGAUAGACCUGGACCUCAGCAUGAACCACAUCGGAGACAAAGGAGUGAAAGAAAUUUCACCCGGCCUAAUGAAUCCUUUGAGCCACCUGAAAACUCUGAACCUGAGUUACUGCAGUUUGACUGACAGCUGCUGUGCAGAGCUCGCCUCUGGACUGAUGUCAAAGGCGAACAUUCUCAGCGAGCUCGACCUGUCUCACAACAACCUUCAAGAUAAGGGAGUGAAGAAACUCUACAUCGGACUCCAAAGCCCGCAGUGCAAACUUGAGAAACUGUCACUGAGGACCUGUGGCCUGACCUCGAGGAGUGUUCAGUUCCUGACCUCAGCCCUGAAGUUAAACCCAUUCUUUCUGACAGAGCUGCAUCUGGUGGGCAACAGGCUCGAGAACUCUGAAAUCAGAGCACUCGUGGAGCUAACGAAGAACCACAAAUACACACUCAGGACAAUAGAUGUCUCAGUGGACUGAAGAAGAAGUGAGACAAAUGGCUCUGUCUCCUUAUUUGCGCAGAAACUGGAUGGCUACCACAUAAUUCUGUUCAGUUUGAGUUUCUGACUUAGAAAUAGUGUAAAAAUACCAAAUGUGCUUUAAAAGACUAAAUGUUUAAUUUUCCAUUAUUACCUCUUUGUAUAUAAUGUUUUUUUAACCAAGUACUUUAUUUCUGGGCCAUAGAAGAAUUGCCCCACGUCUUGGUUACGGUGGCCAUAUUCCAACAAAUGAAACGUUGCUAAUGCCGAGAGGCAUGUGGUAUGUGAAGGACAAAGUUAUUUCACGUGAAUGUGACAUUUGUAGCCAAGUAAAAACAAUAAGUGUAAAAACAAGCUAACAUUUUUAUAUACGAUAUUGUUCAUAAUUUACUACAUUCUCGUUUUUUUUUACUGUAAUAUUGAAAUUGUUGAACUGUUUGUUCUGUCAGCUGGUGCAAACAGCGUUACAAGGUACUUCACAUAAGUUAUAAACACUGACACAUUACAAAAUGUGGUAAAAUGAGAGAAAUGGCUUAAAUUAAAGCUAAACAGAGUGAUAAUAAAACACUCGGGUGACAUUAAAAGUUGUCACAAAACACUCUGAGAAUCAUCUUCCAUCGCUUUAAUCAGUUAGUUAUUUAUGAGAGUUUCUAUCAUAUUCUGCCCAAACUGUAGCUGGUCACUUUUAAUUUUCCACCUUGGGUGUAAUAUGUUUACCUGCAGGAGAGCCAUGGGACAGCUUUCACUGCCUUUUUUCACAGCUGUUCAAAAACAGAGAUUUUGGAUGCCUAUUAAUGUGGAGCAUUUUCUCAACAUUUGGCACGGUGUCCUGGUCACCCAGUCACACUCACUGUUUACAUAUCCAUGCAGUUUUAUUUGUGUGAUUCCUCUUGAAUGUGAUGCAUCAGCAGAACUGACCUCAUCUCUGUAAACCGCACACAAUAAAUGCCUCUAUUUUUGAA